AUGUCCCGCUUGAAGACUCGACGCCUGGCCGACAAGACAGUUGUCAAGCAGACCUCCAAGGUCCUGAAGCUCGAAGACCAAGAAGCAGGGCCAACGCGUGAAGAAGUUGAGAGAGUGAUUCAGGAAGGCCUGGAGACCCAAAGCAUGGAGACCCUGAAUUGCACCAAAGCCCACGUGAAAGAAGCUGAGACCAUAGUGAACGAAUUGAGAGAACAAGCGGUGGAAACUAAAGGCAAGUGGACAGAGGAGCUUUCUCAUCAUUUUCUGCCCGAAGUCGCGAAGAACGAAAGUACAGGAGUGAAGGACUCAUUUAACAUUCGUUGUGGCAAGGAUUUGCGUAGUUCGGUUGACUGCGCAUUUUGGAAUUUCACGCCCAAGGGCGAUCACGAUUCAUGUCGUGUGUGCGAAGGUGCCAGAUGUGUGCGCCAGUUUGGACAUUGUGCACAGUCGCCCUAG